GACGUUCGAUCUCGUCGACGACACACACACAAACACACACCGUGCACAGAGCAAGGGAAAGACAAACACACACACAAAACGUGGGAAUCCAGACGAGAGAGACGGAAAGAGAGGAAUAAGAAAGGAAACACAAGGUCGUGAAAAUUGUCUUGCUUUGCGAGGCGAAUCUCAUUACGAAUGCGAAAGCGGACAAAAUCCGCGAUUUUCCGUAUCCGAUUCCCAGCGGUAUACGGCGGUCUGUUCGCUGUCAUUACGCCGUGGCGGUAUGAUGGAAGUAGGAGAAUCUAUCGGAGUCAAAGGAUGUGCGCCCAUGCAGUGAGUGCACUAUCUGCCUUUCACUCGAUCAAUACGAGGAGGACCUUGGUCAAUUUAAUCCUAUUGUAUUCAUCAAUCGCUGGAUGUAACGGCAUAUAAACAGCGCACGUCACGCACAUCCCACCCCCUACACAGCGACUUCCACCGUCAUAUCCACCUGCGCAGAGCGGCCGUCUGUAAACAAUGCUGAAAUUUGACUUCCUAGAAAACGACAGGCUUCCAGACGAACAGUACCGACCAGCGAAGCGGUACGUAUCGAAGACCAGGGCGAUCGUUGUGUUUUUCCUGUUCAUCUUCUCGAUCAUUGUCGUGGGAUUGCUGUGCGGGCUCCUGGCGAAAAGGAAGCCAUGUCAUUCGAGGACCUCAGAAGUAACGAACGCACCACACAUAAUCAACACCGGUCACCAUUCUACUCCGAAACCAACCACCAAGAAGCAUGAAAGUACCACUCAUAUCUCGACAACCGGUAGGCCUCCACCUACGUCCACCAGCCCGGCACCUUUGGCGUCAUGGGACAAACCCCGCCUCCCCGGGGACCUCAUACCAACUCACUACGACCUCGACAACCGAAUCGACAUCGAUGACCAGCAGUGGUUUAAUGGGACGAUACGGGUGACGAUGACGUGCACGAGGACGACGAACCUCAUCCUGCUGCACGUGAAGAAGUUGGAUAUGAUCGCGGGUACCGCCUCGCUUGAAGCGGUGACGGGGCAAGGUGUCGUGGUUCCGGGGUUCUUGAAGGAGCCUUGGACGCACGCAGAGAAUCAGUACCUCGUGGCGGAGCUGGAUGGAUGGUUGGUUGCAGGAGAGGUGUACCGGUUUACUAUUGGAUUCGGGGCCGAGCUUGUAGAUCAAGGGCUCCUGGGACUCUACAGGAGCUCGUACAAAACGGCCGCGGGAGAAACCAGAUACCUAGCCGCUACCUUUUUUGCGCCCACCAACGCCCGCAUGGCUUUUCCUUGCUUUGACGAGCCAGCCAUGAAAGCCACAUACAACAUCACCCUCGUCCACCAGCCCGGCUACGUUGCCAUUAGCAACAUGCCGCUGAUGCGGACGGAGAAUGUGACGAUCGAAGAAGGUGAAAGGUCAUGGGUCAGGUCGACUUUCGAGAGAACGAAACCGAUGCCGAGCUACACAGUCUGCUAUGUCGUCUGCGACUUCAAGAAAGAAACAGUGAUUACGUCUGGUAACAUAGAGUUUAGUAUCUGGGCAAGAGAAGAGGCGAUGUCUUCCGUGCAAUAUGCUCUGCAGAAAGGAGCCGCCAUGUUGGAUUACUUCGAUUUCUACUUCAGUACCAAGUUUCCGCUCCCCAAAAUGGAUACGGUUGCCAUACCCGAUUUUGGUGUAGGUGCAAUGGAGAACUGGGGUUUGAUGACGUUCAAAGAGUCCUAUCUCCUCUACACUCCUGGACAGUCGUCAGAAUCCAACCUCCAGGAUAUUAACAACGUUUUGGCCCACGAGCUUGCCCAUCAGUGGUUUGGUAAUCUAGUUUCAUUCGAGUGGUGGAACGAUCUGUGGUUAAAAGAAGGUUUUGCCACCUACGCCUCUAUCAUCGGCACCAACAUAACAGAACCCGACUGGGGUAUGAGAGACCAGUUUGCUGCGACGAAUUUGUUCGACGCUCUUCAAGCGGACGCCGCUCCGACUUCCCGCCCAAUCAUCGUUGAUGUCUUCACUGCAGACGACAUCAACCAACAGUAUGAUGCUAUCGUCUACGAUAAGGCAGCGUCAAUCAUAAGAAUGAUACACGAUUUCUUGGGUGAAACAGAGUUUAGGAGAGGAUUAGAGAUCUAUGUGGAGAGAUAUCAAUACAGCAAUGCGGUGAACACGGACCUGUGGAAUUGCUUUACCGAUGCCGUAAAUGGUUCGGGCGUUGAUGUCAAGCAAGUCAUGGACACAUGGACCUUACAAAUGGGUUAUCCCAUCGUCCACGUGACUCGUGAAUAUUCAUCAGCUAAUCCGUCCUUCUCAGCCAAUCAGAGUCGCUUCCUCAUUGAUCCGGAAGCAAACACUACAACUACUUAUGAUGACCUUGGCUAUCAAUGGCAUAUACCCUUGAGGUAUACUACAAAACAGGAGGCAAACUUCGAGAGUCCUCCCCUUCAAUGGCUUACACCCAACUCGCCUGUUACUAUACCUCUGGCGGGUUCUUUAGCAGACGAGUGGCUUCUGGUGAACAUCAACGCUUAUGGAUACUAUCGGGUCAACUACGAUCAAAAAAAUUGGCAGUUGCUGAUUUCUCAACUCCUCACAGAUCACCAGGCCAUCCCCAUCUCGAAUCGUGUAGCUCUGAUCGGGGACGCCCUGAACUUAGCGAGGGCGGGCGACCUGAGUUACACCACCGCACUCAACCUGACCCGCUACUUAGCCGAGGAGAGGCACUGCGUUCCUUGGUUGACCGCCACCAAGGCCCUGGGUUACAUCAAACUCAUGCUGUCCAGGGCGUCAGCCUAUGGAGAUUUUGAAACGUACAUGUCAAGGCUUGUGGAACCUUUUUACCUUGCAGUCGGAUGGGAUAACUCAAACAGUGGCCACCUUCAACAAUUGGCCCGUGUUCUUGCCAUACAGGAAGCAUGUAACUAUGGCAACGCAGACUGCAUCUCCACGGCAACAUCAUUGUUUGCAGCCUGGAUGAGGAAUAGCUCCUAUAAUUCUAUACCACCUGACCAAAAGAAGAGCGUCUACUGCACUGCUAUCGCAGGGGGAGGAGAUGCAGAAUGGUCCUUUGCAUUCGACCAGUAUGAAUCGACCCUCAUCGCAAGCGAACGGGCUUUACUCCUGAAGUCUCUGGCAUGCGCCAAUCAACCCUGGAUACUCAGCAAAUAUCUAGAAAUGACGAUCGACGGAAUAAAAUCUCAGGAUGCGGGGUCUGUUGUAGUGAGCGUGGCGAAAAAUCCCGUCGGAUACGAUCUAGCGUGGCGGUUUUUCCAGACUAAUUGGGAAUUCUUCAGACAAACCUAUGGCAGUUCAUUAUUUCACUUUGCCAACCUAAUCAAAAAAGUCACGGCGCAUUUCAACACGGAGUCACAACUCAGAGAGCUUCAGAACUUUAUAUCACUGCACCCUGAUCAAGGGACGGGCGCCAGAGCUAUGGUCCAGGCCGUAGAGCAGACCAGGGCUAACAUCAGAUGGGUCCAGAACCAUCGGGAUGAAGUGAAAGCCUGGCUCCAGCGGGUGAACCAAGAUUGAGUCCUGGAUCGCUGAGCCUCGUUCAUACUUGACGUGGUAAACCAACUUAAAGCCCGAUGCACACGAAGCGUUUUUUUUCCUACUGCCACGAAUUAAACCAACUGAUUAUUCAGUUCAAUAACAUUCAUGUCACAGUGAGCAGUGAACAAUAAGCCUCUACAGAUAAUGCUGGCUGCAUCUGCAUGGAAUCACCACAUAAACGUUUCUUUGUGUAUUCUGUUUACGCCAGUUUUCCGUCGAAAGUCGAUUUACAGACCAAUUCGCAGCCUUGCGCUAGGCCAUUGCACCUUACUUUUUAAAAGUUGCGUCUGAGACUGGACCCGGACCUGUUCUGUGCAUUUCUAUGCCUGGUCGUCAUCGAAAAGCCUCCUGUCAACCGGGUCUAAAACUUUGGUUGCAGCGAGAUUUAAACCACGCUGCGUUUAAAUGAAAGGCGGAGAAAGGCGGUGACGGAAAAAAGUAUCGAAUUGCUAAAGAACGACUGCUAAGCAUACCCACCUAUCUGUGUUAUGCCUGUUGAGCUCCAUGCGUCAUUUUGAUUGCGUCAUUAUUUGCGCUAGUAAUUGAGCCCUUGAAGGCAAUGGGAAUACGCUGGUAAUUCAACGCAGCAUUUGCCUCGCUCAUGUUACAUUGACUCCGAGUACGGUGUCACUGACGCAUCACAGACCGUGUCAAUGGCUGACGCAGUGGUUGACAUAGUGGUUGACGCAGCGGCUGACACAGUCCCAUGUCAACGUCAUAAAGCCUCGUGUGCACACGCAGCGGAAUAUUUUAACACACAGAAAUGUGAGAAGCACUCCUAUAGACGAGCUUUACAUCAUUUUAUUUUACCGCAGCGGCUUUUUGAGACGGUUAACCGCGUCAUCUCGGAACGAGGCUUAUGAGACGCCAAUAGAUCGAUGUCCAAGAAAGGAUAGCAGAGAGCUGAAAGUCUUCCUCAAGUGCGAAGUGGUGGUGAUAUCUGCUGUUUAUUUACAAUCCGAACAAAAUUCCAAAGAUCUCCUCGUUAAAAACUUGCCAUUAUUUCCAUCAUGAUGAAGUCGAGACACGUCGUUAUUUGGUCUUGUAGUGUUUACCCGUCAAGACUGACGGUCAAUAAUCAUUGAUACAAUAAUCAUUGAAAUCAAAGUCGUUCCUGGCAUAUUUUAUCGAUAAAAUACGAAUGUCCUAAAACUCAUUAAGUGGUGUCUCUCUUUAUAGUCCGUUUUAUCAGCUCCAAAUAAAUAGCACGGGCACAAAAUUAAAAUUUCUCUUAAAUGAUAAUAAUUUGCUUACACAUGGAAGUCUCAUCAGCAUCAAUUUUGUACUUUCCGAGGGCCCUGCAAAUAUUAUUACCCCAGCUAUCUUUGCCAGGUACCCAUUUAAACAUGGGUUGAGAAUAAUGAUAAUAAUAAUAAUAGUUCGUUCUUUUAUAGCGCAUUUCAGGACCAAAGGCCCUCUCAAAACGCUUUACAAUGUGUACGUUAACAUAAUUACUCGAAGAAUUCAUCAAAAAGGUGAGUUUUCAAACGCGGAUUAAUGUCUUUCCAAGGAAUGCUCUUCAGCAAUUUUGUUGCUCUUUGGUUUGAACCCGUAGCUUUAUUAGGUAUAGAGAAAUUGCAGAAGUUUCAAAACAUGACUUUGUUCAAUCGACUUAAGAGAAAAGGUAAACCUGUUAGUGAUAACGCCAUGAUGGACAUCAUUGGAAACUGAUCUAGUAUCUAUACUAUCAUGUACAGCUAAAUUUUACCAGUGUUAACAAGUAAUCAAGUAUUUGCAAUAUCAUCAUCAUUGUUGUUGUUUUCCUGUCCGCCUUCGACUGACGUAGGCAAAUGACUGUCACGUGAUUUCCCUUGGUACAACGUAACAAAGAGACUUCCAACAGUAUACUUUUGAUUCAACAUUCAAUCUUUUGUGAAAUAAAGACGCACUUGACCUGUCUAAUCAAAUAUGUCACGUUAUUUUAUUUAGUCUUUAAUGUUUUUCCCAUUCAUCAAUCAUUUUUUGAUUUAAUCAAAUAUGUCACGUUAUUUAAAAGCCUUUUACAUUUUCCCUAUUCAUCAUCAUUGAGUGUAUUACCUGCUUUACUUUUUGAUUGUAUCUUUUCUUUGGUAGAAGGUUUUGCAUUAUCAAUGUCAUCCAAUAUAGAAAAUUAAACUGUGAGAAUAUUUAAAUGAAAUUAGAGUAUUAGAGUAUAUCAUAUAGAUAUAAAAUAUAAAAUCUAGAGAAAUAGACAAAUAGCCAGAAGAAAAGGCAAAUCAAGAGGUUAAACAAAAUAAUAUGUACAUUAGUGAGCAGGGCGUAUAUCAAUUUUAGAUCAGUUAAUUUUAGAAUUCUAAUAAGACUUUUUUUUCUACUAAUAUGUGUAAAUGUUAUCAUUGCUCCGUCCUUGUAUCAUAUGAAAUAUAUAUCACUCUUUGAACAUGUAGGUAGUCCUCUCUUUUUUUGAAGCAGCAAGAUCAGAUUGGAAUUUUAAGAAGAGGCACGAUAUAUAAACUAAUGACAAUUUCAUGUGAAUAAUAAAAUGAUAAGAUAUAUACGCA